CCGGACGUCUCAAGAGCUACGAUCCACCACGCACCGUCCAGAAACACGCCCCACGACAAAGAUGAUAGGGAGCACAUGAGACUGGAAAUCAUCCCGUCGCUAUCUGCUACUGGAGUGCCACACAAAAAUAAAGAUUCCCACUCAAGCGGGUCCCUUUGCUCGUGCAAGCGGAGUCACAAGAGGAAUGCAUUAGCUUGAUUUCACAGAAGCAAAACUUAUCUCUCUGCUCCUUUAUCUUCUGCUGUCAUGGCCUUCUCAAGUUUUCUUUUUCUGCUUCUGCUCUUGGUGGGGAGCUCGCUCGGGGUCGAUUCAGCCAAGAAGGAGAAGUUCACGGGGCCCGUGAUCAACGUGACGAAGCACCUUUCUUUCCCCGAUUUCAGCUUAGACAACCCCAGGAUGGUUCAUGACGUGAGGCUCUUGGGCAGUGCGAAGCUGUCCAAGGAAACGGGUGCGGUCCAAAUCCCCGACGUGUCCGAAGCCAUCGAUCUUCGGCAUCUCGCUGGCCGAGCCCUCUACUCCUCUCCUGUCCGCUUGCUCGACCCCGCCACCAGAACCCCGGCUUCCUUCGAGACCACCUUUGAUUUCCAAUUCAAGAACGACAGCUCGGUCACUCCUGCCAGGAAUGAUGCCGGCUCUGCUGGUACAGGGGGCACCCAUGGUGGCAGCGGCUUAACUUUUAUUAUAGUACCAGAUGAGUUCACUGUUGGAAGAUCAGGGCCGUGGCUUGGGAUGCUUAAUGACGCAUGCGAUGAGGAGUACAAAGCUGUAGCCGUGGAAUUCGACACGCGCCACAAUCCUGAAUUUGGAGACCCGAAUGACAACCAUGUUGGCAUCAACUUGGGUAGCAUUGUGUCCACAAGGACAAUCAAUCUGUCGGAUAUCGGGGUUUCUCUCAAGGACGGGUCCAUUCACCGAGCUCGAAUUAGAUACGACGGUCCAAAAAGAUGGAUAGAAAUCAAUCUCGGAUCGGUGGGGCAAGAAUUCCCCUCGACUCCUGCAUUUUCUGGAUUCCUAGAUCUCUCUCCUCAUCUGAAGGAGUAUAUGUUUGUGGGGUUCUCCGCUUCCACGGGGAACUUGACCCAAAUCCACAACGUUCUCUCGUGGAACUUCACAUCGACAAGCCAAGCUUCUCUCCGGAUCCCGUCAGACGAAACCUGCGAGAGCAAGAUCAUCCUGGGAAAUACUCAGACUCCUGGAGGAGCUAAAACAGAACCAAUUAGCAAUUUCUUGAUUUUUGCAGCUGUCGUGGUGCUGGCUCUCGCAAUUCUAGUCAGCUUGUACUAUAACAGCAAGCGCAGAGGAGAUAAACCGAGCACCAUCGUCUUGCCGGAGAAAAUACAACGACCAAGGCCUCCUAACAAGCCACGGAGCUUCACUGUCAAUGAGGUGUCCUGUGCAACGCGAGGUUUUGGCGAGUAUGAAGUACUAGGAAGUGAUUACAGAGGUUCUUUUUAUAGGGGAAAGCUACCGAAUGGCUGCCAAGUUGCUGUGAAACGGUUCUCAACUCAUUUUCUGAACUCAUAUGGAUUAGAUCGGCGAAGAAUUUUGAAAGAAAUUUGCGCCAUCAGUCGUAUUCGCCACCCCAAUUUGGUACCCAUCAGAGGGUGGUGUCACGACAAAGUGGAGCUCAUGGUUAUCUAUGAUUUCUUCCCUAAUGGAAGUCUUGAUAAAUGGUUAUUUGGAGUCGGCGUCUUGCCAUGGACAAGGCGGUUCAAGGUCAUCAAGGAUGCGGCAGAAGCUUUGAGUUUUUUGCAUUCAAAGAAACUUGCACACAAGAACAUGAAGACAACCAGUGUCCUUCUUGACGUCACUUUCCGUGCUGUGUUAGGGGAUUUUGGAUUUGUGCUCUCCGGUUCGGGAUCAAGAAAGUUCGAGUCGGCAACAAGUCAAGCUGCCGAUGUCUUCGAGUUCGGGGUCAUUGCUCUGGAGGUCAUCGCAGGUAGGAGGAGGAGUGACCCAGAGGUGGAAGAAGAAGAAGAGAAGGAUCUGCUGGAUUUCUCAUGGAGAAUGCAUGAGAUAAACGAGAAGGUGAAGGUGUUUGAUAGAAGGAUGGGCUCCUUGGUCAACCUCGAACAAGCAAUUCGAGUUUUGGAGAUUGGUUUGCUUUGUACCCUGAACGAGAGUAAAGGUAGGCCUAGUAUGGAGGAGGUGGUCAAUCUCCUCGCCACUGAUAAACCGAUCCCUGAGCUGCCACCGAGCCGACCUGUCGCUUUGUUCCCUUAUAGCAGCACUACAGGUCUCUGCGCCGGCUAUUCUUGUGCACCUUUCCGGUGAUGUCGCUGGCCCUAUGGAAGCCGCUAGAUUUGGGAGACUCCAUCAACACAUUGCAAGAUAUGGAGAUUCAGAAUUGAUAUCUUUAGACUUUGGUACAACCGGUGUUAUGAUGAUCAUAGACUCGAUCACUGAUUGUUAAUGUUGGGUGAAUCGAAAAUUUCCCUUCUGAAAUUUAGACUCUGCUCUUGUGAACCUGUUUCCAA